AACUGUCUCAGUCACUCCAACAACCUCCCGUUUGUCUGGACCGCUGUCUACUCUGAACUGCUUUGAACUAUGAACAAGUGUAGACUUUUGACCAACAACAUCACGAAGAAGAUACCCUCCAUGGCAUCGGCCACUGCUCUGAUGACAGCUCUUGUCGUGGUACUUUAUCUGGGUUUUUUUCAAGAUUUGUCAGGAACUCGUAUAAGUUUGCAUGAUGCUGUUGAGCAGCAGGAUGACAGUCACAUAACACCGACCAGCCAAAUUUCAAAACAAAGGCACUUCUGGUCUAAAUGCGUGAGGGACAAUUCCGUUGAAAGCAUCUCAGGCUUUGACACCCUACCUGAUCACAUAAAAAACUUCCUUUACUAUCAACACUGUCUGCAUUUUCCCAUGCUGCUGGACACACCGCACAAAUGUGGAGGACCCAAGGGCUCUGCAAAGGUCUUCCUACUCCUGGUCAUUAAAAGUUCACCUAUGAACUAUGACCGCAGAGAGGUGCUCCGUAACACCUGGGCCAAAGAGAGACUUCAGAACGGAGUGUGGAUCCGGAGGCUCUUCAUCUCAGGAACACAGGAUGAUGGUUAUAACAAGAAAAGGCUAAACAGACUUCUAGCAUUGGAGCAACGCAAAUACAACGACAUUCUCCAGUGGGACUUUCACGACUCCUUCUUCAACCUCACCUUGAAGCAGAUUCUCUUCCUGGAAUGGAUGGAGAGAAACUGUCCUCAUGUUCGCUUCAUGCUCAACGGAGACGAUGAUGUCUUUGCCAACACCGACAACAUGAUUCUGUACCUCAAAAACCUGCCAGACAAUAAUGGAAGCAAGCAUCUCUAUGUAGGUGAUGUGAUAAAAGGCGCAAAGCCAAUUCGAAGCCCAAACAGUAAAUAUUACAUACCAACUCAAGUGCACAAUUCUGGCCCAUACCCUGCCUACUGCGGCGGCGGGGGCUUUCUUUUGUCUGGAUAUACUGCUUUGAUCAUGUACAACAUGUCCCACUCCACCCCCCUUCUCCCCAUUGAUGAUGUGUACUUGGCAAUGUGCCUGGAUAAGGCCGGACUUCAUCCAGAAUCCCAUUUGGGUGUAAAAACAUCUGGAUUGUACAUUCCAGAUGCAAAAGCAGAUCGAUAUGACCCAUGUUACUUCAGGGAAAUGCUUCUUGUCCACAGAUUCCUUUCUGUUAAUAUGUACGUAAUGUGGCAUGAUAUACAAAACCCUGAUCUAAACUGCUCUCCCAGUUCUGUCCUAUAGCCUACAAGUAAUAACAAAGAUAACUGCUGUGAGUUUGUUACUAUUUUGUCAUUUUUAUUCAGUUAUAUUUAUGUCAUUUUUCUUUGCAAAACAAUUGUGUAUUUUUCUUCUUGUUCGAGUAAUGAGAUAAAACAUUGUCCUGUA